GAGAGAAGGGGGGAAUAUAAAUCCUCUUCCUCCACCUCCUCCUUCUUUUGAACCGCGUUUCCAGACCGGCCCCAUAGUGCCAGCCCCAUAGGGCCACCGGAUUGCAGGCGCCUGGAGAGCCUGGCCCAGUUGGGGGUCGGCCAGCCCCUUCCGCCUCUCACCCCCACCCCCCACCCCGCGCUGGCAGGCCUGGAGGGUCCCGGGGGGGGGGGGCGGGAGAGUUCAGACAGCCGCCCAGCCCUGGCGCCGCCGCCGCCGCCCGGUUGCCAAGCCGUGCGUCAAGCAGAGCGCACCAGCCCGGACCAGCCGUGCGCCAAGGACGAAAGGACUGGAGGGCGGACGGGAGGGAUCCGCGCAGCGGCCCCCGAGGCAGGCGCCGAGGAGAUGUCAGAUUCUCGAGGGGAAGAGGAACAGAGUGGAAUGCCGGAGGCUCCAGGUGUGCCGAAGGAACUUCCUCGCAGCCUAUGCCCCCUGUGUGGGGGGCUGUUCUCAGACCCCCGGAUCCUUCCCUGCUUGCACACUUUUUGCACGGCCUGCCUGGGACACCUGGAGCCCUUCUCCGACCUGGUUUUGUGCCGUGAAGACUCGGACUCCAGCUCCGACGGGUCAUGGCUCCGGGGCCAGCGGCAAAACCACCAGCAGCCACUGCUGCUGAGCAUCCUUUGUCCGGUCUGUGACACCAAAGUCGAUUUACCCCCGGGUGGGGUGGGAAGCUUGCCCACGGACCACGUGGCCCUGAAUGAGGUGCUGCUGGAGGCCUCGCAGGGGACAGGCGUGGGCUUAGCCUGUGACCUCUGUGUCGACGGAGAGGCUGUCAAGCGGUGCCAAGCCUGCCACGUGUGCCUCUGCCACUUCUGCUGCCAAGCUCACAGGAGGCAGAAGAAGACAUCUUCUCACGCUGUUGUGGGGCUGCAGGAUUUGAAGGGCAACGCCCGCCUCGAGAAGCCCAUCCACUGCCCUUCCCACCCUUCGGAGGAGCUGAAGCUUUUUUGUGAGCUGUGCGACUUGCCAGUGUGCCAGGCAUGCGUGGCCGGGCCCCACCGGCAGCAUCCUUACAACAUGGCCGCCAGCGUCAUCCACAAGCACGGGGACUCAAUCCGGGAGCUCUUGAAGGUCACUCAGCAGCAUGUAGGAACUCUGCAGGGGGCCCUGGACCGGAUUGAAGGGGUCUGGGAGAGCCUUGGCCGUCGCGCGGAAGUCGUGGCGCUGGAGAUCUGUACUUUUGCUGAUGGGUACAUGAGGGCCGUCAAAGAGCACCGGGACAGACUGCUGCACUCACUGGAAGAGCUGAAGGUCCAGCGGGAGACCCAACUGAAUUUACAGAAAGCACAGCUCCAGCAGUUGCUUCUGGACAUGCAAACCGGAGUGGACUUUACCGAGCGCCUGCUCACCAGUGGCUCGGACCUCGAGAUCCUUCUCACCAAAGGAGUGGUGGAGAACCGGCUGCGGAGGCUCCAUAACGUGGACUACCACUCCCACCCAGUUGCCGACGACAGGAUCCAUUUCUCUCCUCAGGAGAAGGGGGCCCUGAUUCACAGCUAUGAGAUCUUUGGGGCCAUUCUCAACAGAGCCGCUGAUCCGACCAAGUGUGUCGUGCAACGGAAAAGUGUUGGUGGCACCCCCCGCCAGAGCGAGCCCGUCGCCUUAACUCUACUGUGCCAGGAUGGGUCUGGCCAGCAGGUGGAGAGAGGAGGAGAGCCCGUCCGAGUGACCAUUUCCCACAAAGACAGAAAAGACUGGUUGGUAGUUUGCACUGCCGGUGGUGCAAAUCAUUGGCCUCCUUCACACCUUCUUUGGAAGAUUCCUUGGGGGAGGGGGCGUAUCAUUCAGGAGAACGAGAGGAUAGAAUGACCUGUCCCAUUUAACAACCACAAGUCUUCAUUGGCAUUUAAAGGUAAAAAGAAACAGGGCCCACAGUAUACAAAACUACAAAUACGGUAUACAUACCAAAAAAAAUUUUUUUAAGGCUAUUACCCUUUCAUUCUUUCUAAAAGAAAAUUUGCAGCAGUCUCACAGAAUCGCAAAUCAUUAUUAUCCAGCAGGCGAGGUAUUCUGUAGUAUUCUGGCAAUUGUAAACAGCUCGCCAAAAUCGUAUCCUUAUACUUUGACCUAGUCUUUUCAUGUCUGGGAUGUGUUGUUGCCUAUCUUAUUUAAGAUGGCAGGUAUGGA